GCCUUUGACCUUCCGGAAGUAAAUCCAAUCAAAGACAUGCCGAGCCGCCGGUGCGGCGAAGAGGACCUGUGACAGUAGGGAGGAGACUCAGGCUGGAAUGAGCGGCCGGAGAAGAGCGAAGCCCAACAGGGGCGGGGGGCGUUUCAAUAAGCCCAGGUCGGGUGGUGGUGGUGGUGGUGGUGGUGGAGGAGCCCGGAAGGGGCCCAGCAGCCUCUGGGACGAUGGCGACGACUUCAGCCUCGAUCUCGGGCCCAGACCGAGCAGGACUGCUUGUGCCGCGUUCGGCCGUGGUGGAGGAGGACGGGGAAGGGACAGGGGCGGUGGGAGGGUCUUGCCAAAGUCCCUUCAGAGCCAUCGGACCCGGCCGCGACGAGGCGACGACAACGACGGCGGCGGCGGCGGCGGACGGGACAGAGAGAGGCCCAGGUCUGAGGUGCCGCAGCUACCGAUGCAGCGUAUUAACAUGACCUCGGAGAAUCAGGAGCGCGUGAAGGUGCUGCUCCGGGAGCUUCAGACGCAGGACUUUGAGGAGCCGUCCGGAGAGUCGGGCUCAGACUUUGAGGAGGAGGAGGAGGAGUACGACGAGCUGGACUAUCGCGAGGACGGGCAGUUCUGGGAGACCCGCGACGACCCUGUGGAGCGUGCAGAAAACCCUGUGAUGGAGGCGGACUCGGAGGAGGCGCGUCGGACGCCUGAACCCGUGGUGUCUCUGUUUGCCGUGGGAAAGCUGUGCAGGUAUGGCUUUGAUAGGGAGCGCGGCCGUAGAGCCCUGGAAGCCGGCACUGGCGAGUUGGGAGCCACCCUGGAGCGCCUUCUUCAACAGGUCUUCUCGGAGAGGUACGGGGCCGGCGUCGUGGCCCCCGAGGGCCUGCAGAGCAUCCCCAUGGACGAGUGUCUGGCCCAGAGACAGGAGGAGGUCCUGGCCCUCACAGCCAUCUACGGUGAGCGCUUUACGGAGCGCAUCAGCAACUACGUGUGGACGGUCUCCCUGGAUUUGCAGUUCCUCGCCCAGAAAGGCCGGGACAGAGCUCCUCCGAAACAAGGACAGGCCCAGCUCAGAGAUGUCUGCAGGUUCUACCUGAAAGGGGCAGGGUGCAGAUUUGGAGACAAGUGCAAAUUCAAGCAUCAGCUCCCCUCUCAACCUCCGGAUGCAGGGGGGCCGAGUCAGCCGCACAUCUGCAGCUACUCUCCCCCGGAGUACGAGCUGGAGGUCCGCUUCCCCAAAGGCAACCGCUACCCCUUCCAGGCACCGCUUGUGGCCUUCGGUACCAAUGAUGAAAAGCUUGGCCCCGCGGGCCGACUCCACGUUACGGAGCACCUCUACGGCGAGGCCUUGGCUGCAGCGCGCUCCGGGGAGCCUGUGGUCUACACACUCAUUACGUGUUUGGAAGACGAGAGCAAGAUGAAGGAGCUGCUAGCGGCCAGUCACCACAAAUACAGCUCCCCGCCUCCAUUGACCACAACUAGCAUCCCCCAACCUAGAAGCUGGCCUGCAAAGAUCACCACAUCUGGGCUGGAGCCAAAUGGCAGUGACAUGGUGAACCGCAGACAGACAGAGGUGCGGGAAGCUGUGGACUUAAGAGAACAACUGGAGGAGGAAGAAGACGAAGAAGAAGAGGACAAUGAGGAGGAGGCCAAGGAGAUUGCUGUGGAGACCGAGAGCUAUGUCAACCUGAGGAAGAAGGUUGUAAAGAGGUACGAGGGCAGAACGGAGAACCUCCAGAAGGACGAUGCCAGACUGUGCCGGGAGUUCAGGAGCAAACGGUCUUCCAGGCGGUUUCUCUCAAUGCUCCAGCAAAGGCAGAAACUCCCCGCUUGGCAGGAGAGAGAAAACAUCCUGGAUCUUUUGAAAGAGCAUCAGGUGCUGGUUGUGAGUGGAAUGACGGGGUGUGGCAAAACCACCCAGAUCCCCCAGUUCAUCCUGGACGCCACACUGCAGGGCCCCCGAGGUCUGGUGGCCAACAUUGUGUGCACACAGCCACGACGCAUCUCCGCCAUCUCCGUGGCCCAGCGUGUCGCGCAGGAGAGAGCAGAGCGGCUCGGCCACUCCGUGGGCUACCAGAUCCGCCUGGAGUCGGUCAAGUCCUCGGCCACUAGGUUGCUGUACUGCACCACCGGGGUGCUGCUCCGCAGGCUGGAGGGGGAGCCCGACCUGCGAGGAAUAACGCACGUUAUCGUAGAUGAGGUGCAUGAGCGCACUGAGGAAAGUGACUUCCUGAUCCUGGUUUUGAAGGACCUAAUAGCCCAGAGACCAGACCUGAAGAUCGUCCUGAUGAGUGCCACCCUCAAUGCCGAGCUCUUCUCACAGUAUUUCUAUGACUGCCAAAUGGUCCACAUCCCAGGUCGGACGUUUCCCGUUGACCAGUUCUUCCUGGAAGAUGCCGUCGCCAUGACUGGGUACGUGAUGGAGGAUGGCAGCCCGUACGCACGCUCGGGGAAACAGGGCACUCAGCCAAGCAGGAGGACCAGAGGGGCAGACCUGGUGGAUGAGUUGGGCGACGACAUGUGGUCCUUCAUGUCCUUCCAGAAAAAAGACUUUGUGAAGGACUCCAUCCCUGACCAGCAGCUCACCUUGCAGGAGCUCACUGUGAGAUACAAAGACACAAAAAAGUCUGUCCUGAAGACAAUUUCUGCUAUGGAUCUAGACAAAAUCAACAUGGAUCUGGUGGAAAGUCUGCUGGAGUGGAUAGUGGAUGGAGACCAUGACUACCCACCAGGUGCCGUCCUCGUGUUUAUGCCAGGCCUGGCUGAGAUCAAGAUGCUCUACGAACAGCUGCAGUCAAACAGGAUGUUCAACAACAGGAACAACAAGCGGUGUGCAGUGUACCCACUCCACUCCUCGCUUUCCAACGAGGAGCAGCAGGCGGUGUUUAAUCGUCCACCUGAGGGCGUCACCAAGAUCAUCAUCUCCACCAACAUCGCCGAGACGUCCGUCACCAUUGACGACGUGGUCUACGUGGUGGACUCGGGGAGGAUGAAGGAGAAAAGGUAUGAUGCUAGCAGGGGCAUGGAGAGCCUGGACGAUUCGUGGGUGUCGCGUGCCAAUGCUCUGCAGAGGAAGGGACGCGCGGGUCGUGUCGCCUCGGGGAUCUGCUUCCACCUCUUCACGAGUCACUGUUUCCGGCAUCAUCUUGCCGAACAGCAGCUUCCCGAGAUCCAGAGGGUCCCACUGGAGCAGCUCUGCCUCAGGAUCAAAGUCCUGGACGUGUUUGCAGAGCGCCCCCUGGAAUCUGUGUUCUCACGCCUCAUCGAGCCGCCGGCGCCGGGGAGCCUCAACGCCGCCAAGCAGCGCCUGCAGGACCUGGGUGCCCUGACAGCCGAGGAGAGGCUCACGCCGCUCGGGUACCACCUGGCAUGUCUGCCCGUGGACGUGCGCAUCGGAAAGCUUAUGCUGUUCGGCGCCAUUUUCCGGUGCCUGGACCCGGCUCUCACCAUCGCGGCCAGCCUCGCCUUCAAGUCCCCAUUUGUGUCUCCGUGGGACAAGCGGGAGGAAGCCAAUGUGAAGAAGCUGAGUUUCGCUGUGGCCAACAGUGACCAUCUGGCCCUUCUGCAGGCCUACAAGGGAUGGUGUGCUGCAGCAAAGAAUGGCAACCAGGCCGGGUUCCAGUACUGCAGGGAGAACUUCCUGUCUGGACGAGGGCUGCAGGAGAUGGCCAGUCUGAAGAGGCAGUUUGCUGAGCUGUUGUCGGACAUCGGCUUCGUGAAGGAGGGCCUCAGGGCCAGGGUCAUCGAGCGCACGUGUUCCAAGGGCAUGGACGGUAUCCUCGAGGCCACUGGCUCUGAGGCCAACCUGAACUCUGACAACAUCAAGCUGAUAUCUGCCAUGUUGUGUGCUGCUCUCUAUCCCAAUGUGAUCCAGGUGAGAGCGCCGCAGGGAAAGUACAAACUCACCAGCAAAGGGGCCAUGAAGAUGCAGCCAAAGGCCGAGGAGCUGCGCUUCGUCACCAAGGGGGACGGCUACGUGCAUAUCCAUCCCUCCUCUGUCAACUACACGGUCCGUCACUACGACAGCCCCUACCUGGUGUACCACGAGAAGGUGAAGACAAGCCGCGUGUUCAUCCGCGACUGCAGCAUGGUGUCCGUGUACCCGCUGGUGCUCUUUGGAGGGGGGCAGGUCAACGUGGAGCUGCUUAGAGGAGAGUUUGUCAUCUCCCUGGACGACGGCUGGAUCCGCUUCGCAGCCGCCUCACACCAGGUAGCUGAGCUGGUGAAGGAGCUGCGCUGGGAGCUGGACCAGUUACUGGAGGACAAGAUCAGGAACCCCAGCAUGGACCUGUCCGACUGUCCCCGGGGGUCUCGCAUCAUCAGCAUGAUCGUCAAUCUCAUCUCCACCCAGUAGACCCAGCGAAGCCCUCGCAAAACUUUAGUAAUUUUAUUUUUACAGGACAGACCUUUGCCACCAUCUUGGAACUUAGUUUUGCAACUAGUCCUCAGUUGGGUGUAUGAAUUUUUAAGAAGUGCCCUUUCAUGAACUCUGACCUGAAUGUGUGAGGUGGCUCAGUGUGUUAUUCUCAUGAGACAGCGUGGAUUCUCUUGGGUUUACAUCUAAAAUUUCUUUGUCUUUCUAAUGCAAAACAGGACCUCUUUAAUGUGGUUUGAAACAGUUAUGAUCAAUAUUACUCCCCCCCCCUUUUUUUUUUUCCUCUUUGCUCAUUAGCAAAAAAGUAGCACUUUUUGUUUUAAGAUGUGAUUGUUCACACACAUUGUAUAAGACUGAGUCCACAUUGGACUUUCCUCUUGAAAAUUGUGUAUUUUACAUAUUUAGAUUUAAAUAGGAAUGGAAGUUUGUAUUUCUUGGGAAAUGGACUUUAAGGCAAUAUUUUUUUUGUUUUCUGUUUAGUUGAACUACAUAAAGAGGGCAGCAAUAAGAGGGAAGAGUAUUUUGAAAUGAAAUUAUGGAGCUCAAACUAAAAGGAUUAUCACAAUGAGAAAAUAUUUACUUAGCUGAUACAUAAUGUCCUUAAUCUAUUUAAAGUAAAUAUAUGGGUGAAAUGCAAUUUGAAUGAGACCAAUGACUGGUCACAAAAACUUGCAACUAAGAAAGGGAAAAUAAAGAGUAUGACCAUGUCUCAAAAAUAAAUGCAUACUGUUACAUGUUUUCAACAGUAAAUAAACGUUCUAUUUCCUGA